AGUGCUGUGAUGCUGCUUUGCCUGGCGGUCAUAAUAGAUAAGGAUCCUGGAAUUGACCGACUCCAGGGCGCUUCAAUGUGACGGACUAGGUAUAUAAGAUACAUAACUUCCCAAGCUUCGGAGUCAAUCGGAACCUGUUCAUCACCUCCCCCAAAACCAACAUACCAACCGGACACUAUACGACAUACCUACCACGACCCCUUCGUUCUACACCAUUGUACCUACCUACAAUACCUCUAUCAUGUGGUCGUCCGUUGCAAACAAGGCUAUCAUCGCCUUUGGUACGGCUAUUAUGACCGCCACGCACGUUACGGCCGUGAACGGAGACUGUCAGGGUCAGGGGCAAGGAAAUUGCCAGCUCCAGCUCACUGCCACUGCAGAGUACGAUUGGGUGUAUUGGCAACACGCAACCAUUUAUGACUAUAAGUGCGAUGUCAUCGGCGGCAAAGAUGUCAUAACUACCGGCACGGUUAUUUACUCGCAACUGCCUUACGUAGUCAUCAUAGACUCCGUAGUCAACGUCCUUGGCGAUAUCAGCGUAAUCAAGUUCAGAUAUGCCGACUACACGUGGACGGGGCAGUUUCUUUGCUCGGCGGGGAAGGACAGUAUGCAUCGGGACACGUAUCGCUGUAUUCAUGCUUUCCCUUGUAAUCAAAAAUAAGGCAGUGCGGGUGAGGGGGAGACUUGGUGCUAGUCAGUGGUGACGGACGGAAGGAGGCUUGCUGUUGGGGCCGAGGUGUAUGUUCCCGGUGUUGGUCUUGGUGCGGGGGGCGGGAAGCUGAGCGAUGCGGCUGAGGCGGCGAGGCAGACCAGGAGCGACCAGGGUGGACCGGGAUGGGUUUGUUGAGAUAGAAGACUACAUAAGGAGAAGGCUAUGUCACAGGAGAAUGUAGCCAACUUCCCAGUAUAUCACAAAGUGACUCUGCCGCAGUCUCCCUGCAGAUAUCCUUAUCUUGGCUUCCAUCAACACCUCCCUCGCAAUCACCAGUAGACUUGAAGAUAGCCAGCCACUUAAAUUUCAUAACAACUCCUCUAGAGACCGAGUGAGAUUUUGGCCCCAG